GGAAAUAUUUUGGAAACGGCGCGGAGCGGUGCGAGGAGGACGAGCGGCACGGCGUUUCACCGGCUGAGAGGAGGAGGUCUCCCGGCGGUAGCGUCUAGGCAAGGGAUAAAGGCACUGAAAGCAUUUCUGAAAGAAUUUUGAGACCUUCUUACAAUUCUUAUAUACCAAGACAAAUAUCACUUGCUGUGUCAUAGCACAUGGAUUUCAGGACCGCCUGUGAAGAGACAAAGACAGGGAUUUGUUUGCUGCAGGAUGGUAACCAGGAGCCUUUCAAAGUGCGACUGCACUUAGCCAAAGAUAUUCUGAUGAUCCAGGAGCAGGAUGUGAUCUGUGUGUCUGGUGAGCCUUUCUAUUCUGGUGAAAGAACAGUAACAAUUAGAAGACAGACUGUAGGAGGAUUUGGAUUAAGUAUAAAGGGUGGAGCAGAACAUAAUAUUCCAGUGGUCAUUUCUAAGAUUUCCAAGGAACAAAGAGCGGAACUUUCAGGUUUGCUCUUUAUAGGAGAUGCAAUUCUGCAGAUUAAUGGAAUUAAUGUGAGAAAAUGCAGGCAUGAAGAAGUGGUUCAGGUCCUUCGCAAUGCUGGGGAGGAAGUGACCCUAACUGUGUCCUUUCUGAAGAGAGCACCUGCUUUUCUCAAACUGCCACUGAAUGAAGAUUGUGCGUGUGCCCCCAGUGACCAGAGCAGUGGCACAUCCUCUCCCCUGUGUGACAGUGGUUUGCAUCUCAACUACCAUCCCAACAACACGGAUACAUUAUCAUGUUCCUCGUGGCCAACAUCCCCAGGACUUAGGUGGGAAAAAAGGUGGUGUGAUCUACGGUUAAUUCCACUUCUUCAUUCACGGUUUUCCCAGUACCUUCCAGGAUCAGAUUUGUGCAGGCAAAAUGCAUUCCAAGUAAUUGCUGUGGAUGGGGUUUGCAGCGGAAUAAUUCAGUGUCUCUCUGCUGAAGACUGUAUUGACUGGCUACAAGCAAUAGCAAGUAACAUUUCCAACCUCACAAAGCACAAUAUUAAAAAAAUCAACAGGAAUUUUCCAGUAAACCAGCAGAUAGUCUACAUGGGCUGGACGGAAGAACGGGAACAAGACUCCCUUCAGGAUCGAAUGUACACACCAAAGUUUCUAGCACUGAGGGGAUCUUCUCUGUAUAAAUUUAUGGCACCUCCAGUCACAACCUGGGAUUGGACAAGAGCUGAGAAAACAUUUUCAGUUUAUGAGAUAAUGUGCAAGAUUCUCAAGGACAGUGAUCUACUGGAUCGUCGGAAACAUUGUUUUGGUGUCCAGUCUGAAUCUGGAGAAGAUCUUUACUUUUCUGUGGAAUUAGAGUCUGACCUAACACUAUGGGAAAAAGCCUUCCAGACUGCAACUUUUUUAGAAGUUGAAAGAAUACAGUGCAAGACAUAUGCCUGUGUUUUGGAGAGUCAUCUUAUGGGACUUACCAUCGACUUCAGCAUGGGCUUUGUCUGUUUUGAUGCUGCCACAAAGGCUGUACUUUGGAGGUACAAGUUUUCCCAGCUCAAAGGUUCUUCAGAUGAUGGGAAGAGCAAAAUCAAAUUCUUGUUUCAAAACACAGAUACUAAACAAAUUGAAGCAAAGGAGCUGGAGUUUUCCAACCUGUUUGCAGUCCUUCACUGUAUCCACUCAUUCUUUGCAGCCAAAGUGGCUUGUUUGGACCCUUUGUUUGUAGGCAGUCAAGCCACAACUUCUGCUGCUCCCACAACUUCUGGUACUGGCAAAUUAAAGUAUACUACUUGAUAUCUCACAUUACAGCACUGCCACUUAAGAAAAAGACGCAACAAUGUAUAAAUAUUCAUAAGAUGUAGACCUGUGGUGAACCAUGUACGUGGAAACCAAUCCUGGAGUCAAGACAUCUUGCAGCAUCAGCAGAUAGAUGGCCACAUGGGAUCAUAAAUUCAUCUCUGUUCUGCAAGACACCAGUAAAUAAUCCCAGCCAAAACCCCAGAAUAGGAUGGAUAUGCUUUUAGUAUGAUCUAUUUGUACUUAUAUAGUGCUUUAAGCAACAUUGGAAGCGAAGGAAUAAAUGAUGCAAUGAAGCACUUCACUAUUUAAUAAAAUUUUCAAAUGGCUGUAAUAAUACACAAAUAGAAUUGUCAUUUUCCUGUUUUCAGAUUUUUUUUUUAUGACAAUAUGCUAAACUCUGAGAAAGAACUUAAUACCCAAUGAUUGUGUUAUAAAUGACAUAAGAGCAAGCAACAAGCAUAUAGUACAUGGUGACAAGGAGAUGAGCAUGAAAAGGCAUUUGUGUAUCUCCUCAAAUAAGAAAGCACUUUAAGCAUUGUUGUAAAUCCAUACUUGUGUCCAUACGUGAAGUAUGGAGUCAUGCUACUUUUUCUAUUUGUUCUUUUAUUCUAACAAUAACAAGAUAUAGCCAUAUUGACUGGCAUAUAGAAUAAAAACAAAACAAACAAACAAAAAAAAACCAGAACAAACAAACAAAAACAUAACCCUUCUUCCAUGAGUAAGUCCCUGUUCUUCAAGUGAAGAUAAUGUGAUAUGUAUUUUAUUUUAAUUACAAGUUAAGUGCAAGUGUGUAAAAUAUCAUGUCUGCUAUUUACUUCUCAAUUUUUUUAGUUAACUAGUUCUGUAAAUCUAAAAGUCUUUGCUCGCAAGACUUAGCUGUUGAAUUUGUUUCAGACAUAAUCCACCUAAUACAUUGCUCCCAUGUUUAACCUUUGUUCCACUCAGGAUCUCAACAAAAUAGGAGUUUGAAUUAUGCUUGAAAAAUGAGUCCAAUUUUUGAAUUCUUGAUAAUUUCUUUUUAUAUAUUGCUAGUAAGAGACAGGAAUAAAAAUAAAUAAAUAAAUAAAUAACCUGUAAUAAUAGAAUAGGGGACAAUGCAUAACGUCUUUGUAUAUUAAAAAUAUUACAUCACCCUCAACUACAUAUUAUCCAUACUAGUUCCAGGGUCUUAUUUAUUGAUGAAAUCUGAAGGAUUUUUACAUUCAUAACUAAAAACUUUAUUUAAAUAUAACUUUGCAAAAUAAUUUAAUUUUUUGCUAUUACACACAUCAUUGAAGAUGGCAAAGUGGUGAGAGCACGUGUAGGAUAUAGCUAAAACAGCAAAAGAGGUGAUGUGGUUUUUUGGCCAGACCAAACAUAAACUUAAAAGACUGCAGAAAGAACAGUUAGCGCAGAGUCAGUGUGUGCAUAAUAUUUUAAAUAAUACUUUCUGGAGUUUCUAUUUAUUAUAUUGAAAUCAAAACUUUUUUUUUUUUCUCCUUCCCCAAUUAAACUUCUUAUAAAUACUCAUGGAAGGUAAGGGUUGGGGACACAACCUCUCACGUGUAGCAGAAAGACAAAAUCUUUCACAUCCACUUUUAUAUAUUAAAAUAAGGAACACUUCAUAAGAGAAAUCAGAGGAAAGGUUUUUCACAAUGGGAACAAUUCAAAUGUAAUGCAGACACAAAAGAUGAAUGAACUGCAGUGGCAAAUUAUGCAUCUGGGUUUUUUUGCUUUGCAGUAGAAAUAUUUGGAUUUAUGUGUGUGAGAAGGUGUCCUUGCAAAAUGGGGAACUGAAGUAAAGCUGAUAGCAGAAGAUUCUAGUUAUAUAUGUACUACAAUCUGAAUUCAGAUUAUAACCAAAAAAUCUGAAAAAAUAUUUUCUGGCAACUCUUUAUCAUUUCCAAAUGACUAUCAGUAGGUGCUUACUUCUUAUUAGUACAUCUCCAAGUGUUACACCAUUAAAAAUGUCUUAUUUUCAAUUUGUGAUUCACAUUUACUUCCCAUGCUAAAUACAGUUGAAUAGUGUCAUUAUCCAGCUAUUAAAUGUUUUAAGUGUCAACAAAAUACAACAUUUUCAUAGUUAUCAUCCUGUUUACAUGAAGCUUCCCUUCAUAAGGGGGUCAGAUCCUGGUCUUUGCAUCACAAGUAAUAAUGCUGUGGCUGUCCAUAGGAUCUCGAGUUUGUUCCUGGGAGACUGUAAGUGCCAGAAGUUUUGAAUCUAAAACUACAACAUUCUAAGGGGUUUACUGAUGGUAACUCAGGCAAUGGCCUUGUCAAGAAGUCAUAUACUUGAAAUGCAAGUUUUGACAGAGCACUGACAAUGCUGAAAACAGAACGAAAACAGAAUCUGUUAACAACAGUUCUCCCCCUCUGUACUCCCAUAUCAUCUCCUUCUUGUUAGUGUGUUGCCACGGCAUUCAGCCAUCCCAGUGUUGGCAUAUGCCAACACCUCAGUAAUAUGUGCUCUGCAGGUAAUAGCAGAAUUUAGAAUUAAUCAACUGCCAGUUGAAUGUUUUUCCUUCAACCAGCCCAUAUGAAGUGCAGAAUUGCACCACUGAAACUGAGCUAUUUAAGAGAUGUUUAAUACAGUUAAAUGAACAUAAUGUUUAUCCAAAACAGCAGAAAGUAUGCUAUUGCGAAUUGCAGUAGAUUAAGAGAUUCUGUGAUAUGAAAGCCAAAAAUAAGUAAGUAAAUAAAUAAUUUGCUCCUUGUGUAGAACUGGUCUCAUGCCAUGAACUUGAUAGGCUUGGACUCCACUAGGGUAUCCUAAAGAACUCUGUCAUGUAUUUUGUUUGUAGAACUGCUAUAUUUAUCAAUAAGAAUUUUUUAACUGGGCAUUAAAUACACAAUAUUUAAGAGACAAACACUAGCUUGUAAAUUAGAACUGCAAUAUUUUUUUUGUUUUGUUUUGUUUUGGUUGGUUGGUUGGUGGUUUUUUUUGUUGUUGUUGUUUUGUUUUGUUUUUUGAAACCCCACUUUUCAAAGAGCUGAACUGUUGGGGCUUAAUCAACACUUUUAGUUUCAAGAAGAUAAAAGUGUGGUUGGAAGAGUAUAAAAUGCCAUAGCCUUGGCUACAGGUCAGCACUGGUUUGUAAACGAGAGGUUUGGGGGGCUUGGGCACUGACCUUAGAGUAUCCAGGUUUGCCCUCUUGGGGCAAAUUGGUCAGAAACUCAGCCUUGAAACAAGAGGGAAAAUUUCAAACAAUGAGUUGUAGCUAAUGCUGAAACAACAAAAUUUAAUUUAAAUAGCUACAUAUUUCAUUUAAAUACACAAAGAAGAUUCCAAAUCAUUGUGAAUCUCAUGUGCAUAUGUAAAAAUCCAGGCUUUAUAUUGCUCUCAUUUAACAUAUAACAUAUAAUUAAUGCAUGCAUUUUGUAAGUCAACACAGCCCACUGAAUAUGAAAAAAAAAAAAAACUGUUAUAAUGAACUAUUGGCUCUUGCUAAAAAUUUGUAUGAAAAUUAAAGCAAAUAUUUAACAAAUAAAAGAACAAACAAACUCAAAGUGUAAAACAAUUUGUUCUCUAUGUAUCAUAUUCUUAAAUAAGUUUAAUUAAAAAAAAUAAUCUUUAUACUUAUGGUGCUGUGACUAUUGAAAUGAUGUUAUAUAACAUACCAAAAAACCAUACUCUUAAAUAUAACAAAAUAUAUUUGGGUUUGUCUGAUUUGCUUUAUGACUGAAAUUUCAAAUAAUCUGACCUCCACAGAACUAACCAUAUGCUAGGCUGUAGUGUUAACAUAAUUUUGUUAUGAAAGUGUUGCAGAUUUAUGACAUGUUUUUCUGGAUUUCAUCAGUGAAAUAAUGAAUACAUCUUGUUUCCUACAUCUGUUUAAAAAUACAGUUCCAGGUUUUCAAAAGAGAUUUGCAAACCAGUAGCAUGAAGGCAUUUUUGAAAUAAAAAUUAGGAUACUUUAAAAUAUUUGUCAUUUUAUUUUUUUAAGUAGGUGCAGCAAGAAUUUUGUGGACACAAAGCAGUUGUAAAUGGAUUAUUUUUGAAAACCAGUAAUUUGAACUUUUGGUUAUUCAAACUAGAAUUCAUAAAAAUGUAAAAUAAUAAUAUACAAUAUCAAUAUGCUUUGAGAGGAAAUUACUGAAAAAUAUUAUUUUCCAAAUUAGCACUUGAUCCCAUGAAAAUAUAUUUAUUUACUUUCUGUGCUUUAACUUUAUCAGAACAUCUCAGUGCACAGUUAAACACAGGAGUAGGUGGUUGUACUUACUACAUCCUGUUAUUUUAAAUAUAAUUUAGCUUAUUCAAUGCCUUAAGAUGUUUCCUACAUCAAGAUAAAUAUCAAAAAGGCUGAAGAUCUUUUGAAUGUACAGGUGCUGCCCUUAAAAUUCAGUAGCUUUGCUAUAUAGUGUUGUUUAAGCACCCUCUAGUAUUCCCUAUGCCAAAAACAAAAAUCAGUUUUCAUUCUGACAUAGCAAUGCCAAGGAAAAUGUAAAU